AUGUUUCGCCUUGUUGAGUCCACCGACUCGUCACCAGCAGCCCAGUGCUCCGUCUCUGUCCGCGACUCUUUCGGCGAGGGAGUUUACAUCGAGAACAAUCGUUCGGAUGGGCUUUGUUCGACCGACUGCCAUUGCCGCCGACUCGGCCCCCUAGACUUCGCCUUCACCAUCUCCAAGCAACCUGCCCACACCAAGAUCGAAGUUCGGAACGAGAUACUCCAAAACACCCUCAUUGAUGUCAUCGGUUCAGAUGAGCGGCACUCCCAGUGUGAUCCGCGUGCCUGGGACGGCGCUCACCUCUUCGCUCGAUAUGAGGACCUCAAGGCACGCCUGCGAGACGUCAUCGACGCUCCGGUAGGAAGCGUUGGGGCUCAGCCCUUCCUCCCCCUCAGGCUACUGGUCGACGGCUUUCUGGGCCAGGAGCAGGAAGAAAGCUUGCCGUGUCCUCAGCAUAAGGACCCUAGUGAUGUCCUUAGAGACGUGCUGCCAGAGGAGGAUAAAAACAGCAUGCUAGAUGUCAAGCUACUCCAAGCGGCGGGUGAUGGCGACAUCUCAGUCAUCGACGAUCUUUUGAGCAACCAUACCAUCCUACCUUAUUCGCACAUGCAAAUGUUCGUGGAUGUUUUGGGCAGACAAAUAACUGACGAUCUUUUCAAAGAAACUGUGAACAUUGACGCACACGAUGAGCACGGAAACACGGCCCUGCUCCGCGCCGUGACUGCUGGGCACCUUGACGUCGCUCGGCUUCUGGUCGCUCGAGGCGCCGACAUCGCCUGGGCCAACAACCAAGGCGAGACGGCCCUGCACAAAGCUGCACGGGCAAAUCACUUUGAACUCUCAUAUUUUCUCAAAGUAGUCGGUGCAGACAUGAACGCCAAGGACAAUUCGGGCGCAGCACCCGCACUCAACUCGUUUCAUUUUAGAGCAGGUUUCCUAUACUGGAGCUUUACAUGGAGGAUGUCAAUGUUUGGCAGGUGGCAUAUGUCAGACCGUUGUGAACAGACACCAAGCGAGCCAACCAUCAACGACUAUAGAGACCUAUUGUUCAAAACAGACCCAAUCAUGAACACCGACAAAGUAAAGACAACUAUGCGGGGCCUUUUCAUCAGAGAGUACGCCAAGGUGAGGCAGCACCUGAUUUUCGGCCGAGUACGCGGACGCUUUCCCAACUCGACACGAGCGUGGCGAUUUGGCAUGACAGCGCUGCAUAAGAUCUCGCAUGGCUACCUGCCGCAAGAGCUCGGCAUGGCAAUAGCUCUCCUCUGCGUGUGCAAAGCAGUCUCGGCCACGCUCCACAUCCACAAACACGAUUUAUCCAACUUCCAAUUCGACGACGAACAGUUUCGACGAGACCUGCCGCGGUGGCUCCUCUUAUUCCACGGUGCUGACCGAAAGCUGUUUAAAGCCGCAGCGCGGGACAUCUGGAGUGUACGCAAAUCUAUGUGGACUUUGUACACGCCUCAGACUCUGGAUUACCACGACUUAUUCAAGCACGCUGAGCGUCGGACAUCGGACCUCAUUGACGCAGUGAAAUGUCUUCACGAUAUAACUGAGUUCGCUGAACUAGGGGAUCCCAAACACGGGCAGCAGAGACCGUCUCAGCAGGAUCGGCCCUCCCCGAAGGAUCCCGACCCAGGAGACCCGGGUAUUGGGGCCGAGUCUACUCAGCACAGGAAGGCCGUAACAGGCCAGCGGGCCUCGUCGCAGAAAUCAUUACUGUGGGCCGAGGUAAUGGCUGGUGCUAUCUUCAGUAUAUUGCUGAUAUUUCUGCUCUGUGAGUCCUGCCCUGCCCAUUCGUGGCGUACCCCUGGUUCAGGUGUUGGCUAA